AUGUUAUUUCUUUACUUGGCGCUUUUGUCAUGUGUUCCAGAAACAUUCCAAUAUUUAAUCGAUGCACCAUCGAAUACCAUUAAAAAUUUUACAAAAGAUUAUCUCGAUGAUACAUCAAAAUUAAUUCCAACCUAUGAAAAACAAAUGAAACAAUUUGAAAAGCAUUUCAAGGAGAGUAAGAUAGAAGAUGAUGUUCAUGUUGAAGAAGUUAGCUCACAAGAGGAUGAUGAAGAGGAGAAGGAGGCAGAGAUUAAUCAAAGUAGCGAUAAUCUAAGCGAAGAAAUGGAUAAUGAAACCAACUUCAAUUUACCUCCAUCACAACUUUACGGUCCGAUCGAUUCAGAAGAAGCGCAAAAUGGUGCUAUUUCUAUUAUCCAUAAUUCGUUCAUUAGUAGGAAAACAUUCAGUUGUCCAAAAAUCAAAAAUGAUUUCGUAACCGGUACCGAUACGGGUGAUCUGAGUCCGGAGGAUAUCGGAAUCAUUGCCGCAAUGGGUGAUUCCCUUGCCACCGGAACAGGAUUAUGGCCUCAAACGGACAUCGAGUUUCGUGGAGCCGCAUUCCCAAUUGGUGGUGAUGCAACCAUUGAUGGAUUUGUUACCAUUGCCAACAUUCUGCGUGAAUUUAAUGAUAAAUUGGUUGGUGUAUCACACGGUAUGGGUACAAAAUUUCAGCUACCUUAUCACCAAUUAAAUGUUGCUGAAAGUGAUGCUUCUUCGUCCAGUUUACCUUUACAGGCAAAAGAAUUGUUCAAAAGGCUUAAGGCAUUACGCGAAGUGGAUGUUAACAAUGAGUGGAUAAUGAUCAUUAUCACUAUUGGUACCGAUGAGGUCUGUAAAGUUUGUCAGACUCCUGAUUACAGUGCUCUGCUAGAAUCACUUCUUAUUCUGAAUAAAGGUAUCCAAAAUGCGCUUGUCAUACUUGUUGGACCUGUCCAUGUCUCAUCCUCCUAUCAACGCGAUUCUAACUUACUCAAAUCUCGUUGUGCUUGUUCCAAGAAGAAAUCAGACGAAUUCAUGAAUGAAAUAAGUAGAGAGUGGACGAAGGCAUUUGCUCGAUUACAGGCCCACUUUGAACAGCCGUUUGUGAAGCGACGAAAAUUUGGUCUUCUAGCAUUACCAAUGUUAACGAUUACAUCUCGCUAUCCAUCCUCUUUAUUUAUUCCAAAUCGUCCACUUCUGAAUCGAAAAGGACAUACUUAUGCUACAAAAUGGUUAUGGAAUCGGUUGAUGACUGGACCUACCUAUAAUCUUUCAUCAGCUGUACUUUCUCAGGAUUCAUAUUACUGUCCAUCGAUGGCAUGUCCAUAUUUUCGAACACCAGCAAAUCUACAGUACUGUCGGUUGAUUCGUCAUGUUGAUGUCGAAAAUCAAAAUGAAGAAACUGUAUUGGGAAUUGGUAGACCGAUAAGGCGAUCAAGACAAAAGCUAUAUGCAACAGCUGCUACCGUUGUGGUUAUUUGCUUUAUCACUGUGUUACUCGUUGGCACCAUACUUUAUCAAAAGAGUAAAUAUGAAAAACGCAUCAGAUACGGAAAAAGUUUAUAUGAAGAAAAGAUGGGAGCAUUCGAAUCGUUAACCACCAAGAAUUGA